CCCAACAAGUCCCUAAAACUAAGAUCCUGCUCCCCCACUUUAUAGAAAUCUGCUUUACUUACAGUCCUUCCAAUUUCAGUAAACCAGCAUCUCCAUUCACCCAGCUUCUCCCACCAAAAAUCUUGAUCACCCUUGAUUCCUCUUUCCCAACCUACACCCCACCCAACAGCUUAUCUGGCUGUUCUUCCUUCAAAACCUAUCCCAAACCUGAUACCUUCCAUUACUUCCAUUAUGGCUGCCCUACUCUGAGGGGCCAUUAUUGGUCACUUUGACAGUUGUAUAAGCCUCUCUCUCCCAUCCCCUCCCAACUCCAGCAGUAAAAUCUCAGCCCUGCCUCUGACUAGAACCUUAAGGAAGCGGCUUAAGUGCAUUCAAGUGUUAAAUCCUCAUCACAAACCUAUUUGUUUGAGGUUGAGACUUGAGUCCACCAUAGAGAUGAAGAAAUUAUGGUGUGGGAGGUGAGCCAGCUCGCCCAGAGUUACAUCAUCAAGAGCAGCAGAGACAGAAUGGGACGCAAUCUUAUCAAAGCCAGUGAGUUCUCGCUCUCUCUUUUCUCUCCUAUGACUCAAUUAGGCCUGGAAGUAAUGAGUUAACUUUUCCUGAUAUUACUGGGCCAAAUCACCAAGACCAGGGUUAGUGUUUCUCAGCCUGGGCACUAAUGACAUUUUGGGUCAGAUCAAUCUUUGUGGGGCACACACUGUCUCAAGCACUAGCAGCACCCUUCCCCAUAUACCAACUCACCCAAGUUGUAAAAAAAAUAAAAGAAAAAGUCUCUAAACACUGCUGAAAGUCUUCUUGAGGGGGGAGGUUGGGGAGAAAACAGCAUCCCGGUGGUUCAGGACCUAGACUGAUUACUCCCUCCCCCAAGCAUAAUGGGCAGAACUUACCUAUCCCACGCUGACCUAUCCUUCUGUCACCCGAAUUUGUUAAAUAUUUAAUAUUACGAGAAAUCAUUCAUCAGAUCUUGAAAAUACAACAUAUUUGAAGCUGCCAACGUUGUCAUGGAAACACUAUGUGGUGACUUAUAGCAGCAAGUAUGCUCAUUUAACGUCAACUGAGCACUGACUUUAUGCCAGACGAAGUGCCAUUUAUCUACGUUACCUCAUGCAAAGUUUCCAUCCCUCUUAGGAGACAGCAUUAUCCUGACCCUUAUAUUUCUGGAAACUGAGGCACCAAGAGGACUGCACCUUCUUCACGAGAAAGGAAAUCAUGAGGCUCUUCUAUCGCUACCAGGACCUGGCCCCUCAGCUUGUCCCUCUCGACUAUACCAGCUGCCCUGAUGUGAAGGUGCCCUAUGAGCUCAUUGGCAGCAUGCCUGAGCUGAAGGACAACCCCUUCCGUCAGAGGAUCGCCCAGGUCUUCUCCGAGGAUGGGGAUGGCCACAUGACCUUGGACAACUUCCUGGACAUGUUUUCUGUGAUGAGUGAAAUGGCUCCCCGUGACCUCAAAGCCUACUACGCUUUUAAAAUUUAUGACUUUAACAAUGAUGACUACAUCUGUGCGUGGGACCUGGAGCAGACGGUGACUAAGCUGACUCGGGGGGAGCUGAGCGCUGAGGAGGUGAGCCUGAUAUGUGAGAAGGUGCUGGAUGAAGCCGAUGGGGACCACGAUGGGCGACUGUCCCUGGAAGACUUCCAGAACAUGAUCCUUCGGGCACCAGACUUCCUCAGCACCUUCCACAUCCGCAUCUGAGGGUACCACGGAGGAGGAGCCGGGCCAGAGGACAUCGGGACGAACCUGUCAUCCUGCUGUGAAGUCUGGUUUCCCUGGGCUCUGGGAAUAAACACACAUCACUGAG